AAAAAGAAGCACAAAAUCGGCGCGCGCGUGAAUGUUUUGAGAGAUCCUUCCGUUGAUCAACAAAGAGUUCUGCUUGUGAAAUGGAAGACUCUAUUGGAAACGUUGAGGAAAUAUACUUCUGUUUGCGUAGAUUGAAAGAAACUUCGUCCCACAAAGACCCGAACCAAGCAGUAAACGAUGUGCGAAAUUUGAACUAUCUGCUCCAUACGGAAUCGCUGCAAAUAGACGAUGAAAGACUAUCAGCACAGCUGCUGAGCGAAGGCUUGCACAAGUACCAAGAUUUAAUGACCAAUCCCGACGGCGUUAACAACUACUGUGACGAUGUGCUGGAGCUGCUUAACACUCAGCCGUCGGAGAUGGCUGACGAUGACUUUGAAAUCACCGAUACGGCGUUGGAUGAUCCGGUCUCAUAUUUGCCAAGCGAGGACUGUGCCUGUUACGGAUCGUACGAGAACUGUUGUGAGGACGAACUUUCCCCAACCAAACUUGCGAGCAUCCUGCACAAAUCGAAACAAUGCGAAGAGCAGCACCAACAGCGAAUUGAUAAUCGCGUUGAUAAUCGCGAAACGAAACAACAACCGGCUGCUGCUGCGGCUGCAACCAGUUAUACCGUAAUUGAGGACAUUUCACGCCGUGUAUUUGCAAACGGUGGCAAUCCAGCAUUCACUCCUAAACUUCCUGUUACCAAACCGGCAUCGAAACCGCCACCUGCCGUACCAGUACCAGAUCAUCAGGAACCUAAAUCUGUUUUCCAUGAAGGUUGUAGUGGUGGUGCUUUCCGAACGGCAAAAGACGAACUGCACAUACAAAACAUGAAGAAAUACGGAACCACGAAUCCGCCUGGCAAGGCGCCACUAUUUGCAUACGGUCGCAAAACGCUCGGAGGGCGGCGAAUGCUUGGCAGUAAGUUCGUCUGUCCAGUGCGGUCUGACAAUGAGGAUCGCUCCACUGGAGCACCUCACAAUGGUUCGGAUGAUGGUCGGUCAGGACAGUACCGCGGGUAUAGCAACGAUAACAGCAGCAACGAGGACAGCCAGGAGGAUGAGAUCGAUGAGCGGUUGAGAAACAUCGACCCAAAAAUGGUGGAAUUGAUUCGCAGCGAGAUCAUGGACCGGUUUCAACCACUUUCCUGGGAUGAUAUUGCCGGCUUGGAGUACGCAAAAACCAUCAUCAAGGAGGCGGUUGUGUGGCCAAUUCUGCGGCCAGAUAUUUUUACCGGUUUGCGCAAACCACCACGUGGUAUACUGCUGUUUGGACCACCCGGUACGGGCAAAACGCUUAUUGGUAAAUGUAUAGCGUCGCAGUCGAAAUCCACAUUCUUUAGCAUCAGUGCCUCUUCGCUUACCUCGAAAUGGAUUGGCGAUGGGGAGAAGAUGGUGCGGGCCUUGUUUGCGGUGGCAGCUGUUCAUCAACCGGCGGUCGUCUUCAUCGAUGAGAUCGAUUCCCUACUCUGCCAACGGUCGGACACCGAACAUGAAAGCUCGCGCCGCUUGAAGACGGAAUUUUUGGUACAACUGGACGGAGCCGCAACGGCGGAAGACGAGCGAAUUCUUAUUGUUGGUGCAACGAACCGACCGCAGGAGCUGGACGAAGCAGCACGCCGUCGGCUGGUGAAGAGACUGUACAUUCCACUGCCGGAACGGUCGGCCCGUAUUCAAAUUCUUAAUCGACUGCUGGACCGAGAACGCAACAGCCUGGAAACGGAUGAAAUUGCACGCAUUGGCGAUCUUACGGAAGGUUUUUCGGGUGCGGACAUGAAAGUGUUGUGCCACGAAGCUUCCAUGGGCCCAAUUCGCUCCAUCCCAUUCGAUCAGUUGGGUGACAUUGCGAAGGAUCAGGUUCGACCGAUAUGUUACGAGGAUUUCCGAUUAGCUUUGACAAAGGUGAAGGCCAGCGUAUCACAGGACGAUUUGCAACAAUACGUAGUUUGGGAUCGUACAUACGGGGCCGGCGCGAUUUAGGGUGUGCUCUAGUAUCUAUCGUAUAGGACAGGCGCGAAAGACAAACGUAUGGCACUCUAUUGAGAUGUUCUAGAAAAUGUUGGACAUAUUUGAUAGGAUUUGCUAGAGCUUACAUCUGUUUUUCGUCGGAUACGACAUAUUCUAUUGCACUCCCUUGCGAUGCUGGGAAGCAGUUACUAAAUUAAUAAAAGACCGCACCAGCAAAUUUGGCUGUGCUGGAUUCUUUUGCCUAA